UGCAGCGCCCUCCCCCUGUAGUCCCUGCUGCUGUGGACAUUGUAUCAGUCAGAAAAGUUUGCUCAGAGCAGCUGCUGGCAGCUUCCAAGUAGGAUCCCUGACUGCAAGAGGCGCAGAGAAGGCUGAAAAGUCGCUGAGAAACUCAGAUCCUGAAAAUGGCAAGCGGGGGCUGCAUGAAAGUGAUCAAAUACUUCCUGUUCAUAUUUAACCUCCUGUUUUUCAUUCUUGGAGCCGUGAUCCUCGGGUUCGGAAUAUGGAUCCUGGUAGACAAAACCAGUUUCAUCGCCAUCUUACACACCUCAUCAUCGUCUCUGAAGACCGGCGCGUACAUCCUGAUCGCGGUAGGCGGGGUCACAAUCAUCAUGGGAUUCCUGGGCUGCAUAGGGGCCGUGAAUGAAGUCCGAUGCCUCCUGGGACUGUACUUAACGUUCCUGCUGCUCAUACUCAUCGCUCAGAUCACUGCCGGCGUCCUCAUCUAUGUCUACCGGGAUUCGCUGAAGACUGAGAUGUCUGGUAUAAUCCAUGAGCUGAUUGUGGUCUACAACCCCGGGGACAGUGCGAAUGUGAGCGCGGAGGCGACCUGGGACUACAUCCAGGACAGUCUCCACUGUUGUGGUUGGUUGAAUUACCAGAACUGGACCGAAAAUCCAAUUGUUAAGAACAGUACCGACCUCUAUCCCUGCUCCUGCGUUACGAAUGCGCCACAAUCGGAAGGCUUCUGCAAUUCCACUGUCUCAAAUCUGUAUCCAGACGGCUGCGUGCAAAAAGUGGAGAGCUGGCUGCAGGACAACCUGGCCAUCAUCUUGGGCGUCUGUGUUGGAGUUGGCGUUAUUGAGUUAAUAGGACUCGUCCUCUCCAUCUGUCUCUGCCGUAACAUCCAAAAUGAAGAUUACACCAAAGUACCAAAAUACUAAAGAACAUCGUCCUCUUCCGAACCCCACAGAAUGACCGCCCCGGAUGGAAGAAGCCCUGGGGGAGGAUAUGUAACAUCCCGACCCACCGUGUAUAUAACGCAAACCUAUGAGAGAACCAUGCUUAGAGGAGACGUGAUGUCAUAGCAGUGACAUCACAAGGGUUAAUGACUUCAUUACACAGCUUCCCUCUAAGAGGGAAGGUCUCCGACCUGACACAAUAUGGGGGGGGGGGGGGGGGGGGGGCCUAGAAUUAGUAUUGGGUAGAGAUGUGACUAGAGUAGGGGUGAGACGCUCUGCAGAUCUCUAGCGCUUUUGAUGCUUACAGGUCCCAGCACGGCAGGCGAGCCUGGAGCAUUGCAAAUGCUGGGGAAGAUGCGGGUUGCAUGAAACCCCAUAACAGACGGGGAGGGGGGGGGGGGGGGGGGGGGUCGCCCGGUUAUCAGUGCUUUGUAUAGUGAUGUGUAAAGAAACGGAGCAAAAAUAUCUAAAUGGAGCAUUUUUAUUUCUGUAUAAAUACGAUAGAUGUAAAUAAAUGUAUGGUACUCA